UCGCGAUAUUUGCUUCCGCCACUCGGCGGGAGCCGCUGCCGGUCCCUGGCGGGCCUUUUUAGCUCUUCUUGUCCCCUUUGCUGCUGUGUUGCUUAGAGCGGCCGGGCCGAGCAUCAUGACGUCCGCCUUGGAGAACUACAUCAACCGAACUGUUGCAGUUAUUACUUCUGAUGGGAGAAUGAUUGUGGGAACACUGAAAGGUUUUGACCAGACCAUUAAUUUGAUUUUGGAUGAAAGCCAUGAACGAGUAUUCAGCUCUUCACAGGGAGUAGAACAGGUGGUGCUAGGACUAUACAUCGUAAGAGGUGACAAUGUUGCAGUCAUUGGAGAAAUUGAUGAAGAGACAGAUUCUGCGCUUGAUUUGGGGAAUAUUCGAGCAGAACCUCUAAACUCUGUAGCACACUGAGGAAAAACUACAUACAUUGGACAUCUGUAAAUCUUUGUAUAGAAACUGAUUAUUCUGAGGAUGAUGUAAUUUUUAUGAAUGUGUAAUUGUGGACUUUUGACUCCAUAUAUUGAUUCAUUGUAGUAUGAUAUGUAAAUUAAAAUAUUUCUACAUUUCCUUGAAAAUUUUUUAUUUUAUUUAUUUAUUUAUUUUUUUGCCUAAAUCAGGUUUGGUAGCUUAGUUUUAUUUUUCUCUUAAAUAGUAUGAAAAUCUAAUGUUUACUGUGAGAACUUUUGGAAAAAAUAUUUUGAUAUUUUAAUACUUAUAGAAAACUAGUUAAAAAGAGAAAUUUGUGUGUUAUGUUAAAUCAAGCAUCCGAAUACCAUCAAUGGUGCAAGAUACACGCGUUUCCAAUUUUUAAGAAAGUCACAGAAAGAGAGAGUGCACAAGCAGGAGGGACAGAGAAAGAAUGGGACAGAGGAUCCAAAGCAGGCUCCAUGCUGACAGCAGCGAGCCCAGUGUUGGGCUCAAACUCAAGAACUGUGAGAUCGUGACCUGAGCUGAAGUUGGGCACUCAACCAGCUGAGCCAUCCAGGCACCCCAGUUGACUGUGGACUUUUUAAAGAAUUCAUAGAAACAAUGCUAAAAUACUGUUGAGAUCUCUGACUGGUCCACAGAAAUUCUCAUCAGUUCCCUGAGGGCCAGAGUCUGUAACUUUGUGGUGAGUACAAAAUAGAAAAAUAUUUACAUUCUUGUAAUUCAAACAAAAAAUUAAAAUAGUUUUUCUUUUUUAAAAAAUGAAAGUGUUUAAGGGUUGGCAAGUGUUACGGUUGGCAUUUUUGUCAAAAUGCAGAUAGCAAAUAUUUUAAGCUUUGAGGGCCAUAUGGUCUCCGUCACAACUCCUCAAUUCUGUUCUGUCAUGAAAACAACCAUAGGUAAUACAUAAAUGAAGAGUUGUGGCUGUAUUCCAGUAAACUUCAUUUAUAAUAACAGGUAGCAGGCUGGAUUUGGCCUGUAGGCCAUAGUUUGCUGACCCUUGGCUGAAAAUAAUACAAGCUCAAUAAGAAAAGAUGAGGGCUAAUUUGUUUAAAAUCUGAAAAGAGCUUCUGGAAUAGAUCCUUUUAGAGUUUAGAGGUAGAUUUCAUUUGUACUUUUAAUAUUUAACUCUCUACUUGCCAGAUAUGAUAGUUUUUUGGUGCAAAAAGAAAACAUUUUUCAGAGGAAAGUAUCUUCACUCUUUCACAGAAACAAGACUUAUAAGGAGAUCUGUUGAGAUAGUUUCUUUACUGGUCGUCAAGGCACCGUCACCCAGCAUAUCUUGGUUGAUGUUCUGAUCUGCCUCAGGAUUAGAGGAAGUUUAGCUAGUAUUGGCUAUCAUAAGUAUUUUGCUUUUAGGGGUGCCUGAGUGGCUCAGUCAGUUAAGCGUCUGAUUCUUGAUUUCGGCUCCAAUCAUGAUCUCACAGUUCAUGUGUUCAAGCCCCACCUCAGGCACUGUGCUAACAGCGCAGAACCUGCUUGGGAUUGUCUGUCUCCCUCUCUCUCUGUGCCCAUUCCCCCGAGUGUGUCCACAAGCUCACUCUCUCUUGAAUAAAUAAAACUUAAAAAAACAUUUUGCUUUUGUAGUAUAAAGUUUUAUAAUUAAUAAAAUGAAAAUAAUGCAAAGCGAGUAAAACAGGUAAUUUAAUUAGGAACUAUAAACCAAAUGUGCUAUUUAAGUAAAUGAUGGUAUUUUAAAUGGGUAAACUAUUUCCAAAAAUCAAAUAAGGAAUACAGAUAUUCAUUUGCUAAGUGAAAUGUAUUCUAACAGUACAAAUGAAGUCCAAGUCAGAUACUUUGUCAACAUACUUGAUAUAAUACAAACCACACACAAAGUAGUAAACAAAUCCUAGUCCCCCCCACCCUCCCUCACAGUAAUGAGGGAUGUCAAAAAAAAUCAUUCCCCAAAUAUGACUUGGAUAUUUUUGUGAAUAGUAGGGAAAGCAAACCAAAUGAAAUGCACACCAAAUGAUAUAAGCAAUUCUUGGGGUGCCUGGGUGGCUCAGUCUGACUUCGGCUCAGGUCAUGAUCUCAUGGCUCGUGAUUUUGAAACCUGUGUUGGGCUCUGUGCUGACAGCUCAGAGCCUGGAGCCUGCCUCAGAUUCUCUUGUCUCCUCUCUAAGCCCCUCCCCUGUUCACGCUGUCUCUCCUUCAAAAUAAAUAAACCUUAAAAAAAAUUUUUUUUUAAGAACAAAACAAAAAAAUGGUAUAAGCAGUUCUUUAUUUCUGGGUGCACAUGGUAGGGUUUUUUUUGUGCUCUUAACCAGUUCAAUUUGGAUUUUUUUUUUUUUUUUUUUUUUUUUUUUUUUUGCAUGAGCAUUGUAAAGGAACCACAACCAUGAGUGGCAACUUGAUUCUUGCACAGUGUCAAGUGUUUAUGUUUUUUAAUGAGACUUUUAUUCUGCAAUCACUAAAGAGCCUCAAAUAAAUUUUAACCAAUAAUUAGCUCUGCUCUGUGAUUCUGGCACUAUCUAAGUCCAGCUUAAUGAAUCAAAUAAAUUUGUCUUGGCAAGAUAUUUCACUAAACUUUUUUGUAAAGGGCAAUUAACUGCAAAAGGACUUAAUUUGUUUCUUUUUAACUGAAAAACCAGCUAAAGCAAUAGUUUAGAACACUGCUUUUAGGCUAAUGUACUUUGCUAAAUCAAAUGGCCUUACAUGCUGACAGUUUUAGCUUCAAUAUUACAAAUCUUGAUACCAGAAGAAUAAGAGAUAAAGAUAAGCUUUAUUAAUAUAUGCUUUACUUAAAUAUAUUGUUUAACACCUUUGUAAAAUCAUUCAGAAUUUUUAACCUGAUGUGAGAUAUGAUAAAAACUUUUAAGUAGUAUUUAAUAAUAAAUGUAGGCUCUCCAUGUCAACAUGUUUCUCAGACAUGUAACAAAGGAUUCACCACGUGGAUGAGCAAGUAUAAUGUCUUCACAAUGGCAUGUCAACCUGCUUGGGUACCACCCAGAAUUAUAGAGCAGUCUUUAACCGGCCAUACAGUGUAAUUCGGGCCUUCACCUUCAAAAUUUAGUAGGUUAAGUGCAUAUCAUGUGUUGGGCAUGAUGCUAAAUGCUUACAACAGUGACCAUUUUACACAUGGGUAAUUUGAUGCUCAGCAGGGUUAAGUGCCUUAUGAGAGGUCACACUUAUGAGUAACAGGGCUUGAAUUUGAUCAGGUCUUCGUAUUUUUAUAAACUGCCUAUGAGUAGAAAGUGUAAUAUCAAAUUCCUGAGGCCUGACUGAAAGAAAUAUUUAGAUGAUCUAAGGCAAUUUGCAAAGCUGUGUUAUGGGUCAUUUUCAAAUUACCUGAAUUGCUUUAAAUAUUAUCAGGUCCCACUCACUGAUACGGUUCAGUAGAUCUGAAAUGAUGCAAAAAGUAAUAAUAAAUAGCUAACUAAGUAAGGAAAGUGUGGUAGAAUUAUUAAAAGACCUAUUAUAUGCCUUGAUGAGUCCCUAAUUAUGCUUCAAAAUCCUUACCUUUGAGACAUGGAUAACAAUAUGGAUCUUUGGGCAUUGUGACAAAAUUAGAUUCCCUUUACAAAAUUUGAUUUGAUUUAUGGGAUUUUACAGUAAACAGCUUAUUCUAGGUAUUCAAAGGCCAAACUGGAAAUGGCGGUCUUGCACCUUCGGUUUUCAGAGUCCCACUGGCUACCAUAUCUCUAUGUAAGAGACUGGAGUAUUUAUAUUAUGAUGAUUUAAGGUGAAGUGGAAGGUAUGUGUAGUAAGUUUAUAUUAUUUAACAAAUAUACAGUAUAAAUAAAUCUGUUUUAUGGCAAUCAUAUACACUUGAUUGAUGGGGUUUAAAUGAAAACAAGUUUUUCACAUAAACUAGGAUAUCCAUUCUGAACUUGUGUAGUUAUAUACCUCAGUUUAUAAAUUUAUUCAUUUUAAUAUUCUUGUUUACUGAUUUGGCGUUUUGUUUUGUUUUUUUACCUUGGGCUGUUAUUCUCAGUUUUUAAGUCAUUGUCAAAUUUGGUAAAAAUUCUGUUUAUAUUUAAGACUGAAAAACAAUGUUGACAAGUGAGAACUCUCCACUCAAGUUGAUACUGAUCCAUUAAACAACACAGUGUUCCCAUUCAGCCAGCUACAAAUUUGUUUAAUUAUAAGAUAUUUAGUCUUUUUUCUCCAUCUUGCUUAUAGGGACUAUUUAUGUGAAAUUUGGUCAAAUGCUUUGCCGUGAUCUUCAUUUCUCUUUUAGCAGAGAAACUAUGUGACAUGAGCAUAUUCAGUCUUUGUGAAUCAACACUGCCUCCUAGUGAUCAGUGCUUCCUUUUCUAUUUUUCCACAAACUGAAAAAUAUUCAGUACUUUGGAAUUUUAUCAGAGACAUUUGUAAAGCCAUUAAGGCACACUAGGUACCAUGCUUUAACCUGUGGAUAUACCAGGGAAUGACAUUAACAAGUUUUUGUCCUUGUGAAGCUUGUUAGCACCUCAACCAAAUCAUCUUGACUCAAAGGUUUACUAUCCAAGGUCAUGAGUUAUUUUGUUAAAUUCCUUCAGUACCUUAGGAAGUCACUUACAGGGCUUAUACUCAUUUAAAGCAACUAGAAACUGUCUUUUUAAGUGGUUCUAAUUUUUUUCAUGUUUUAAGAUUGCAGAGUCUCUGUAGUUGUGUAACAGUAAGAAUAAAGGCAAAAGAGGACUUCAGCAGCCAUUUUCUCUCCUUAGUUAACAGAAUACCAUCUGCUGCCCACGAUCUUUAUUUGGUGAAUGGAGGAGUUGAGAAUAUUCUGCAAGACAUCUUUCAGAUCUUAGGUGCAGCAUUAAAAAUUUUCAAACCUCCA